AUGUCCCCAACUUUCGAUGAGUCUUCCACCCAGUUUCUCAUCUUCAAGGACUGCCUUGCUCGACGCCUUCUCUCCUAUCCGGCUUUUGCGUCCCAAAGUGAUCCCACAGACACCGACGAACUCGAUGACUUCACAACUUUCCUCGCGAGCGAGACCUGGUCUGCUUUGCCUGAAGCUCUCCGACAACUCUCACCAGACUCCGCAGACGCCGGAUAUACCGCCGACGUAGAUGACCUCAUCAGCACCUCUGUCGACCUCAUCCCUCCGAAUGUGCUCGAAACGCUCACAACAUAUGUCGCUCCCUCUCCACCUUCAGUUCCAUCGUCCUCUCCAACUAAGCUCUCGAAAACUUCCAAGAAACCCGCCAAGAAGUCCACCAAACCCCCUCCCGCGUUCUCUGCCCCUGGCCUACUCGAAGACGUCCUCACAGAAUACGCCUCCGAAGCGCGCGCUCCCGACAUGUCUACUGCCGAUUCCGAUCUCCCCCCGAAUGGAGUUCCGAAAGGAGGCUGGAAGUCGACGCGUGCGGACGAGUGUGAGAUCUGCGAGCGCGAGGUGCAUCUCACGUACCACCACCUCAUCCCGCGCGCCGUGCACGACAAGGUUCUUAAGCGUGGAUGGCACCCUGAGGAUAAGCUCAACUCAGUUGCGUGGCUGUGCAGACAUUGUCACUCAUUCGUGCACCGUGUCGCUACGCAUGAGGAGCUCGCGCGCGAAUUCUAUACGGUGGAGAUGUUGCUCGAGCGAGAAGACGUCCAAAAGUGGCGGGCUUAUGCUUCGCGCCAACGAUGGGGCGUCCGACCCAAGAAGAAUCCCACUUCUUCUUUCGCACGUCAAGUUCUGAGUCAGGGAGCCUAGAGGUUAGGCCUGUUAGAGGUCUCGACCCAAGUGAGUCUCGUAGUACAGCAUGUCAGUCAUGAUAGCGUCUUAGCGGCAGAGUCACCUUCAUGAAAAUGUCUGAAUUCAACCCGAAAACGUCUUUUUCAAAUAGUGACAGUAUGUCAAAUACUUGUUGACUUCCAUAAAGACGGUAUUUAUCGUUUGCCAACAAACUGCCCCAGAAAGUUCGAGGAGUUAACCAGCCGACUACCCUUCUCAGCAUCAUAGAACCAAAUCUCGGCUCUCUCUUCAGAAAGUACCAUCUCAGCCGCGUUCGCUCGGAUCCUGAAUUCAUCCUCGGAC